AGUGACCAUGUUGUCCAGCCCACUUGUUUUACAGGUAGGGAAACUAAGGCCCCACCGUCACUUACCAGUCCAAGGUCACAGCAACUCAAGUCUGCAGUAGAUGAGUCUGGGACUAGCAAUCCAGAUGCUGCAGAAACAGACUUAGGGCACUUGCCCAACAGCCUCCAAGAAGCCCUCCAAGGCAAGUGGCACUGCCUCCAGGUGGACAUCCAAUUCCUUUGUGACCACACUCCUUGCCCAAGGGGCUUCCUCUUCCAAGUAAUGAAAAGCCAGAUGCUUCCCUCAACUCAGAGGAAUAGGGCUCUUCAGCUUCAGCUGCAGGUAACUUUAGUCCCCCAGCUCCAGCCUAGAACAUUCAGCUAUUGGCACCAUGAAGUUCAGCCUGUUCCUCGCCCUCUGCUUCCUCCUCGGCCUGGUGGGCAUCACCAGCCUAGAAAAGGCCUCAGCCCAUCUCAGGCAAGAGGCUUUCCAGGAGCUGUCCCAAACUCUGCCUGUCCUGUGCCAGCUGCCCCCAGGGAAGGGCCCCUGCAGAGGCCGCUUCUACCGGUACUUCUACAACUCUACAUCCAGUGAGUGUGAGCACUUCAUCUAUGGUGGCUGUCAGGGCAAUGCCAACAAUUUUGAGACCACAGAGAUCUGUUUGAAGAUCUGCAAGCCCCCUGGUGAGUCCUCUUUUAGAAACAGAAGAAGUGAUGUUCAUGAUUGGGUGGUGGUGGUCAUGGGAAGGGAGACAGCGUGGUAGAGGAUGGUGGCGGUGACGCCGCGAUGAUGUUACUAUGGGAGGUGAGGUGAUGGUGAUGGAAACAAUCAGGAUGUGUCACGAAGAGGCGCUGGUGCUGGUAAUGGGGUGCUGGGGCGGAGGUAGCAAGGCUGUGGUUGAUGAGGUUUGGAUGGUGAAGAUGAAAGCAGUAUUGGUGAGUUGUGAGAGCUUCUCAUGCAAGUAGUGGUUCUGGCCAACGGGAAGAUAGCAAUGUGACCUUCACAGGGGAUGAAGGUGUUGGUGGCAGUGAUCAGGGUGGGAGGUGAGAAAGCUGAGGAGGCCCCCGGGAUGCUGGCUGUUGAAGGGGGUGGGUAAGGAGUCCAGCUGACGGCUCCAGCCCUAGGCCACCAAUGUGCCAACCAAGAAGGAAACUGACUGUCAUCUCCAUUACAGAGACAAGGUAAAGAGCAGCUGAAGACCAUGCUUGCACUCUCCUAGCCUGGAUUGGAAGCUGGCUGGGCCUCCCUUCCUGCACUUAGGCCCCCAUCCUGUCACCCUCCAGGUCUAGGUCAAUAAAACAU